AUGUCAGAAAUUGUCGUGGUUGCCGAAGAAAAUGCCAAACCUUUCCUCAAACAAGAUCUUACCGCGUCGUUUAUCGCUGGCGGGGUGUCUGGUGCAUUUUCACGAACCGUGGUAUCACCGUUUGAACGAGCCAAGAUUCUUUUCCAAGUCCAAGGUCCGGGGGCUGGGAACUACCAAGGCAUUUUCUCCACGAUAUAUAACAUGUGGAAAGAAGAAGGAGCAGCCGGGCUCUUCAGAGGGAACGGGAUCAACUGUGUCAGGGUAUUCCCGUACCAAGCGGUGCAAUUCGUGACGUUUCAGUACUUGAAAACCGAGAUCUUGACCCACCAUAACGAUUCUACCAUUGAUCAACUUACUACGGUAGAAAGAUUGGGGGCUGGUGCCAUAGCAGGAACAAUUAGCGUGUUAGCGACAUACCCAAUGGAUUUGGUGCGGACCAGACUUUCGAUCCAAACCGCCCAAAAUUUGGCCAAACUUAAACAAUCAAAAAUCAACUUGACGGUGGUAAAACCUCCUGGAUUCUGGCAGUUAUUCGGCAAAGUAUACGCCACCGAAGGAGGGUUAUUGGGACUUUAUCGGGGUUUUUACCCAACGACUCUAGGAGUGGCUCCGUACGUUGCCAUCAACUUUGCAGUAUACGAAAAAAUGAAGGAUUUAUGGCCCGAUAAUACUAAUCCGUUGAUGAAUUUGGCCAAUGGGGCAUUGGCUGGGGGGACGGCACAAACCAUCACCUACCCAUUUGAUUUACUCAGAAGACGGUUCCAAGUGUUGACGAUGGGGAACAAUGAAUUGGGGUUCCAAUACACCUCGGUAUGGAAUGCGUUGGUGACGAUCGGGAAAAAAGAAGGGUUUAAAGGAUACUACAAAGGGUUGACUGCGAAUUUGUUCAAGGUUAUUCCCUCGAUGGCCGUGGGUUGGUUGACGUUUGAGACGGUGAAGGAUGCAAUUGUAAAUUAUUGA